AUGGCCCCCAGCUGCGUGGGGAACUGUGCGCCGCUGUUCUUCCUCGCGGUUGUUUUCGAUGCCGUCGGGCUGGUGGUGCUGCUGGUCGGGAUUUUCGGCAACCUGAACGUCGAGGGCCGCUUCUACGGGGAUUUCCUCAUCUUCACGGGCUCCGUCGUGAUUUUCCUCAGUCUGCUGUGGUGGGUUCCGUGGUACGCGGGGAACGUGCAGCAGUACGCGGAGGACAGGGCCGGUUCGCUGGAGAUCAACUUUACGCAGUGGGCCAGGAAGGUGUCCGAAAGGCUCUCCAAAGGCGGCAUGAAGCCUCUGGGAGCGGGGGAGGAGAAGAAGAAGAGCGUGGGGGACGGGAAGGAGAUGAAUGGGACUGUGCGUGCUGCGCCGUGUCGAGUUACGUGGGAGACCGGCAGCAGUGGAUGGCCUGAGCACGCUCCAGCUGACCGGACCGUGGAGCUUGGGGUGCUGAAGAGCGGCACCGGGGCUCUAGCAGCAGGGGGCAAAGCCGAGAGGCUGCUCUGA